AUGAAGUCGACAAAGCUGAAAAAGAUUGUUGAAAGAAAUGAAGAGAAUAAAAGUAAGCGCUCGAAUAAUGAUAACAUAUCUAAUUUGAUGAAUUUAAAAAUAAAGAAUGAGAAUAUUCAUAUAAAGAAUAUAAUACGAACAAUACAUUAUGUAUAUACAAAUAAAUAUGAUAGUGAGACAGGAUUUAACUACAUUAAAGAUAUAUUAAAAAAUAUAAUAAAAGGUAAUGUAUAUGAUAUAGUAUAUAAAAAGUAUAUAAAUCCUUAUUGUAUUUACGAGAUAUGUUGUCGUAUUCUUUUGAAUAUAGUAAAAGUAAAUAAUAAAGAUGAUAAUUUUAAUAAGAUUGUAGAAUUUUUAUUUGAUAUAUUAUAUUAUUGUGAUAUAAUAUUAAGUGAAAAUAAAAAUAAGAAAAAAAAAACGAGUCAAAAUUAUAUAGAAGGAAAUAAUAGUGUUCAAGAAUAUGAACUAAUAACAAGGCUAUGGAAUCGAUUAUUAGAUAAUGUAUUUAUUAAGGAUAAAAAACAAAGAAUAAAUAUGUGUAAAGUUAUAAAAUCAUUAGUUAAGAAGGCAUGUGUUUCACAAAUAGAUGUAUCAAAUAAAUUAUGUAAAAAGCAUGUAAAUAUUUUUUUAUCUUUAUUAAAUGAUAAAGAUCAUAAUAUUAGAGUUUUAUGUUUGAAUAUAUUAGAACCUUUUCAAGAUUUUAAUACAAAAGGGAGUUUUUUAAAAUGUCUUGAUGAUGUGCAUAAUAUGGUCCGAAUUAAUGCAAUAAAAAAUAUAUCAAUAAAUGUAAAGGAUUUUACAACCUCCCCUUCGAAUAAUAAUAAUAAUAAUAAUAGUAAUAAUAAUAAUAAUAAUAAUAAUAAUAAUAAUAAUAAUAAUAAUAAUAAUAAUAAUAAUAAUAAUAAUAAUAGUGAAUAUUUAAUUAUCUUGAAAAAUUUUUUAAUAAGAAUAAACGAUAUUAAUCAUAAUGUUAGAAGUAGUGUAUACGAUAAAUUAAAGAAUUAUUAUUUUUAUAUUCCUUCAGAUAUGAAGUUUGAAUUAUUAUUAUGUGGUUUAAAUGAUAAAGAGAAAUCUGUACGAGAAAGUUGUUAUCAUAUGAUUUUACACUGGGUUCAACAUUUUGAUGAUAAAAUAGAAAAUUUAUUAUUACAUAUAUUAAAUAGUGAUAUAGAUAAUGAUUUAAUUGUAGAACAAAUAUGUAAAGUUCAUUUGAAUAAUAUACGUAAAGAUAUAAUUAAAACUGUAAGUAUGGAAAAUUAUGAUGAAAAGAAAGAAUAUGAUUCUAAAAAUUUAAGAAAUGAUACUAGUACAUAUAAUGAAAAUUGGUUUAAUUAUUGUUUAAAUAAUUUAUUUUCUUUAAAUGUAGCCGAAUUAUAUAUGUUCCGUAUUUAUGUUCAGCAUUUUUCAGAUGAACAAGAAAAAGAAAAAAUUGAUGCUCUACAAGUUAUUAAUACAAUAUAUUAUUAUUUAUAUCUUAGUAGAUUUAAUGAACGAUUAUAUUAUAAUAGAAAAAAUUAUAUUAACUGUGUUGAAAAUAAUGAUGCAGAUGAAUCAUAUGAACAAUCAUUAUUUUGUACUUGUGGAAAGGGUAAUAUCUAUAUAAAUGAUAUAGAAGAUAAACAAAAAAAUAAAUACAUACAAACGUCUAUAUUUGAUGAUGAUUUUUGUGAUAAGUGUAUAUAUUACCGCACGGUAACCAAAACGUCUGAUUCUAAUCUUCACACGAAUAAUGAAAAUAACAACAAUGAACAUAAUAAUAAUAAUAAUAAUAAUAAUAAUAAAAAUAACAACAGUGAACAGUAUAAUUAUGAUCAGGUUCAUAACAAAACAGAUGAAGAACCAUCAAAUACACAUGAAAAUGUCCUAAUAAAUGAAGAUAAUAUAAAUGAAAAUUAUAAUUAUUUAUGCAAUAUUAAAAAUUUACUACUAAUAUGUAAAUAUUUAGAUAUCAUAGAAAUUUAUCAAGUCGAAAAAAUUUUAAAGUGUUGUUCUACUAUUUUAUUAACAGGUCCACUACGAGAAGUUAUUAUCAAAGGCAUGCUAAAUAAUACUGGCGUAAAUUAUUAUAAGCUACAAAAAGGACAUAUUACAUGUGCAUACUGGUUAAGUAAUAGCUAUAUAUAUGCAUGUAUAGAUUUAUUAAGACAAAUGAUAUAUAUAAAAAAUAAGAAUAAUGAUGUGAAUGAUAUCGAGAUAAAUUUAACGAAUCAUGUUUUAAGUAUUAUAUCUGAAAUAAAAGAACCUUUUGAAAAUAAUGAAGAAAAUGAAAAUGUUUUUUCACAAGAGAAAGAAAUCAUAAAAGGAUUUUCUGAUGAAACAAAUAGGUUGUCUAAAAAUUAUAAGUCUUUUGAACAAGUGGAUUCAAACCCUUUAACAGUAAUAUUUAGUAAUAUAAUGAAUGUUGAAAAUGAUAAUAUAUUUGAUAUUAUAAGGAAGAAACAAUUAAAUACAUUAUCUAUUGAGCAUUUAUUAAUUUUAUGUAAAAAAAUGCAACAUAAGUUAGAUGUGACCGAAGCAAAAAUUAAGGACUUAACAGAGAUGGAGAAAGUAAAUGAACAUGAAAGGACAAAUAGUAAUAAUAUAGAUAAUAUAAAAAGUGAUGAAUAUAAUGAUAAUGAAAAUAAAAAAAACGGUGAUAUUAAUAAUAAUUCUAAUAUAUCAAUGCAAAUGUAUACAUUUCAUGAACAAAUAAGAUUUCACACAGAAAUAUUUUUAAAACAAAUUACAAUGUUAAGUUUAUUAAGAUUAGAAUUGAAAAGAAGGUGGUUAAGAAUAUUAUUUAUUUUAGAAUGUUUUUUAUGUAAAAGUAAAUCACAUUGUUCUUUUGAUUCAGCUCUUCGUGAGUUUCCAAAUGAAUUAUUAUUACCUGCUUUAAAUUUUUGUUGUUCUGUUAUGCCAGAAUGGGAUGAUAAAGAAAUUGAAGAUCAAUUCUAUGAUAUUUUAGUUUCUAAAUGUUUAGGUAAUUGGUGUAUGUUUAUAGGAAAUGAUGAAGAAUUAAAGAAACAAAUAUAUGCAUACAAAACAGCUAUUGUAGAUACAUGCGAAGUGCUAAAUACAUGUUUAUUAAAUAUUGAAGAGAUACAUGCAAGUGUAUAUCCAAAUAUAUAUAAUAAGGGUAAUAUAGACAUUAUGUCUUUUAACGACAAGUUUGAUCAAAACAUAAAUAAUAAUACCAACCAAAACAAUAACAACAAUAAUAAUAAUAAUAAUAUUUUUGAUGAGGAUGUAAAUAAAAAGAAUUAUAUCUUUUAUGAAUAUAAUUCACCAAAUGAAUAUUUAUUAAACUAUUUUUCAACCAACCAAGAUGCUUGGUAUGAUUAUAAAGAAUUAUUAGAAAAACUAGAAAUAAAUUCUCUUAGGUGUGAGAUCUAUAUUUGUGUUUUAGGAGAUCUAUUAAUGACACAUCCAAAUUUAAAUAAUGAUGAAUUAAUUGUAGAUGCUGUUGAAAGUUUGUGGAAUUAUUUAAAUGGUAAUCUCAAUACAAGUAAAUAUAUUCAAUCUAUAUGUUUAAGAGUUAUUUGUAAAUUAUUAUUAACGGAAUAUUUAGGUAAUCACAUAUACAAUAUUACAAAUGAAGAAUUAUAUAUAUUAAUUAAAAGAUCAUCAAAUAAAUUAAGAGCUUUAUUUGAAAUGUGCUUUUUAAUAUCUCCAGCUACAUAUAAUUGUGUACAAGAUUUUAAAAAAAUUAGUACACAUAAUAUGACAAAUAUAAAUUCACAUGAUAAAUUAUUUCUAUUUUCUAUAUUUUCUAUGUAUCCAUCUAUGAGUGAAAAUAAUCUAUUAAUAUUUCAUUAUACAUUUGAACAAAUUAUUUUUAAAACAUCAGAAGCAGUUUUAAAAUAUAAUUUAAAAACAGCACAUUUUACAAAUAUAUUAACCUUUAUGAUAUUUACCAUAUUACAUAAGGCCAAUAUUAAUUUUAUAGUAUAUAAUAUGUCAAAAUAUAUUAAAUGGAUACUACUAAUUAUAAUUGAGAAGGGUGUAUCUCUUACUAACAGAUCAAAUAUUAUCGAACUUGUUUAUAAAAUUAUUCACAUAUAUUUAUUUCAAGAUUUAACAGAUAUGCAAAAUAUAGAAAAGAAUAAUUCUUAUGAAACAAAAGAAGUAAAAAAAAGAGGAAGAAAAAAAAAAAAAAGUCUAAAUGAAUCAGUUGAUGAAAACAAUGAACAACAAAACAAACAUAUUAAUAAAAAUAGCUCCAUAGAGACUAAUAUUACUAAUAAUAUUAAUACAGAUAAACAAUUAGAUGGACAAAAAAAUCAAAAUGAUGAUUUUAAUAAUAAUAAAAAUAAAAAAAAUGAAUUUAAAUCUACCAUAUUAUUUAAAAGUGCUCAAAUAAAUGUAAAUGAUACAAUUAAAGAUUUAAAAAGUUUCUAUGUUCUAAUCAAUUUUUGUAUGCAUUCAUCAGAUAUUAUUAAAUCAAAAAAUGAAAUAAGAUAUUGUGAAGUAAUUAAAGAAUGUAUUGACCAAAAAAUAGAACAAAUUAAACAGUACUUUAUAAAAAAUAAUUUAAUAAAAAAUAACAAUUAUCAUAUUGGAAAUAAUGAUAUCAAUCAAGAAAAAGGUAAAGCAGAUAACCCACAGGAUAAUCUUUUAGAUUUAAAAAAAAUAGAUGAAUUAAAAGAAGAAACAAUAUAUGAAGAAAUUAUACAAGAUUAUGUAAAUUAUAUAGAACAUUUACAUAAUAGAAAUUUUAUAUAUCCCUUGAUUCCAAAGGGGUCAGGUGGAGAAAUAAAUGACGAUCGAAUGACUACCCAAGAAAUACUAAACGAAAUUAAUAAUAAUAAUAAUAAUAAUAAAAAUAAUAAUAAUAACAAUUCUUUUAAUAAUAAUGAUAAUAGUCCAGUAAAUAAAAGUUUAGAAAAUAUGAUUAAAAUGAGAGAUGUUGUGAGAAGACAGCAAAGAAUUAGUACCGUUUCACUUAUGAACACAAAUUUUGAUUCUAAGGUUACAAAGGAGGAUGAAACCAUGACAUAUCAUGACAUUAAUAAAAAUGAGGAUAUUCAAAACGUUGUUCAUUUUGAUAGUAAACAUGUAUCUGAACAUAUUGAACACAUUCCAGAAGAAAGUGUGCCAGAUAUAAACCAAAUAAAUGAAAUAAACAAUGAAAAUGUUGUAAACAAGAAUAAAUAUAAUAAUAUUUCGAGUAUAGAAACUAAUGAAAAUAUAUCAUCUCUUAGAAGCAAUGAAAAUACUACAUACACAUAUAAAGAGCAACCUACACUCAGAAGUGAAAGUAAAGAAGAAAUUAAAAGUAUUAAAGAAGAUAAGGACUUAGAUAAAUAUGAACAUAAUAAUAGUAUAAAAAAAAAAAUAGCAGAAAUGAAUUCAAGUUCUAGUGAUGAACAUACAGAUAGUGAUAAAGACGACUCAAGCGUAAAUGAAUAUGAGAGUGUAAAAAAUUAUGAUUCAGAUAUAUAUGAUGAACAUAAUAAAAGUGAUAGUAGUAGUCUUAAUUCAAAUGAUUCAACAGCUAUGGCCUUUAAGCGUUUAAAUAAACUGAGAAGAACUAGUUAUACAAAUGUUGUUUCGAAGUAA